AUGCGUCAUGGCAAUAAGCAUUAUGAUCGCCUUUUUUCUGAGUGUUAUGGCGAUGGGUCUUCUCGCUGCCCGUGUCGUCGCCCAAUUUCCAUGAAUUUUGGCCACAGUCAUGCGUCCAAUUUUAAUUUAGCAUGUACCAAAAAGGCGUCCAUCUUUAGGAUUGUCGUCGAGAUUAAACCGGCCAAUAAGGGAAGAUCAUUAUCAUUAGCAAUGUUUUCAGUAUCAUCAUUAUUCUCAACAUAUGCCUCAUUAAUCACAUUAAUCACAUUAAUCCAACAAUUCUACCAUCAAAUAAUACCAACCCAAAUACGUGAAUACAUAACCCACAAAAUCCAACAAUGGUUCACCCAAUCACUCACAUCCUCCCCCACAAAAUUUACUCUCGUUGUCGAACAAUUAGAUGAUUCUGAUUACCAUUGUUUAAAUCAAGUAUUCUACGCUUGUGAAGCGUAUCUUUCUACCAAACUUAAAUUUUGUUCGACUCGUCUUAAAGUCACCAGACAAACAAAAAAAGAUAACGUGUUAUACAAGCUAUCUCAAGGAGAAAAAUACUAUGAAGUUUAUGAGGGUGUACAACUUGAAUGGAUCUUCGUCUGUAAUGGCUAUUCGUCUCAAAAUGAAGUCGAUCAUUCUAAACCUUUCAAAACUCGGUUUUCAAAUAAACUUUAUUUCGAGCUUAUAUUUGAUCAAAAACACAAAAAUAAAAUAUUUGAUUCAUAUUUACCUUAUAUUCUCAAUUUCUAUGAUGAAAUUAUAGAGAAAAAAAAGGAAUUAAAUCUAUAUACCUUAGAUUGUGGGGGUGGUAAACACCCAAGAGGAUGGAAAUCAGUUAAAUUUGAACACCCAUUUACAUUUGAUGCACUAGCAAUGGAUCCUGAGGUGAAAAAAUCUAUUAUUAAUGAUUUAAAUAAAUUUACAAAAAGAAAAGAAUAUUAUAAAAAAAUAGGAAGAGCAUGGAAAAGAGGGUAUUUAUUGUAUGGCCCACCAGGAACAGGGAAAUCAAGUUUAAUUGCAGCAAUGGCUAAUCAUCUUAAAUUUGAUAUUUAUGAUCUUCAGCUUUCUUCAGUAGAUAAUGAUUCUGCAUUAAGAAGAUUAUUGCUUUCUACUACCAAUAAAUCGAUACUUGCUAUUGAAGAUAUUGAUUGUAGCUUAGGAUCCGCGGAUCGUCAAGUUAGUAGUACUUUUGCUAAUCAACUUAAACUUAAGGAUAUGUUUGGAAAUAAUCAUGAGCUUGAGAUGGAUUCACAGAUGUCAUUAUCGGGUUUGCUGAAUUUCAUAGAUGGAUUAUGGUCAAGUUGUGGGGAUGAAAGAAUAUUCAUUUUCACAACAAACCAUAAGGAGAAGCUUGAUCCUGCAUUAUUAAGACCAGGUCGAAUGGAUAUGCACAUACAUAUGUCUUACCUGACAAUGCCUGCUUUCAAAAUCCUUGGAUUUAAUUACCUAAAAAUAUCAGAAGAUCAUCAUCUUCUUAAAGAGAUUGAACAACUUAUAGAAUCUGUUGAAGUUACACCAGCUGAAGUUGCUGAAGAACUCAUAAGGAGUGAUGAUCCUGAAAUCGCUCUUUCUAAUGUUGUUCAGAUGCUUAAACAGCAUAAACUUGGAUUACAUCAACACAAAAUAAUUCAUUUUCCAAAGUGGAAUUAUGGAAAUCUUCAAAAUGGUCUACAAAAUUUCACUAAUGGCGUCGGUAUCGACGAUAUAUCAGACGAUGAUUAUUCUACUGAUUAAGAAUAAAGAAUCAUGUAUGGGUUGACUUUCUUGGAUAACUUAUCGUCUAUGAGAUGUAAUUUAUUUAUUGUUUUAAGACUUUAAUUUAUGA